AUGGAGGACAAGCCGUCUCCGCUGCUGGGCGGCAACAAGCCGCACCUGGAGAAGCUGACUCUCGGAAUCACUCGCAUCCUAGAAUCUUCCCCAGGAGUAACUGAGGUGACCAUCAUAGAAAAAGCACCUGCUGAACGUCAUAUGAUUUCUUCAUGGGAACAAAAAAAUAACUGUGUGCUGCCUGAGGAUGUGAAGAAUUUUUACCUGAUGACCAAUGGCUUCCAUAUGACAUGGAGUGUGAAGCUGGAUGAACACACCAUUCCAUUGGGCAGCAUGGCAAUUAACAGCAUCUCAAAACUGACUCAACUCAACCAGUCUUCCAUGUAUUCACUUCCUAAUGCACCAACUCUUGCAGACCUGGAGGACGAUUCAAAUGAAGCCAGUGAGGACCAACCACAGAAACCCCACUUUGACUCUCGCAGUGUGAUAUUCGAACUGGAUUCUUGCAAUGGGAAUGGGAAGGUUUGCCUUGUCUACAAAAGUGGGAAACCAGCAUUAGCACAAGACACUGAAAUCUGGUUCCUGGACAGAGCUUUAUACUGGCAUUUUCUCACAGAUACGUUUACUGCUUAUUAUCGCCUGCUUAUCACCCACCUGGGCCUGCCCCAGUGGCAGUAUGCUUUCACCAGCUAUGGCAUGAGCCCCCAGGCCAAGCAAUGGUUCAACAUGUAUAAACCCAUCACCUAUAACACAAACCUUCUCACAGAAGAGACUGACUCCUUUGUGAACAAGUUGGAUCCCAGCAAAGUGUUCAAGAGCAAGAACAAGACCUUAAUCCCCAAAAAGAAAGGGCCCGUGCAGCCUGCAGGUACUCAGAAAGGUUCCUCAGGUCCGUCUACCUCUAAAUCCUCCUCUGGCUCUGGAAACUCUGUCCGGAAAUGAGCACCCCCCACCCCAUACCUAUCUCAAGCCCCUCAGCAAUGAUCUCCAUGCACGGAUGACCCCAGGGCUGGCCUAAGCCUCUGAUUCUUUGUUGAACCGUGCACUUCCCUUCUGAGUGGACAAGAUCCUAGACCUUUUACUCCCAGUGGCCUUAGACAGGAGUUGGAAGGGCAUACUGAGGUCUCUGCAAGAGUCCUUCCCUUGCACCCCUCAUAAUGGAUUAAGUCAUCCCCUACUGCCAGAAGCGGUGGAGAAUUUCUCAUCUUGUUUCAGUGGUCAAAUAGAUCUGUUAACAGAUCCAUACUCUUCUCCCAAUCACUCAAUAUGAGGCUUUAGAACUGCGCUUUUCAGUCAGUAGCCACUAGCCACAUGUGGCUUUGUAAAGUAAAAUUAAAUUAAAAAUUCAGUUCCUCAGUUGCACUAGUCCCAUUUCAAGUGUUCAUGUGGCUAGUGGCUUCUGUAUGGGAUAGCACAGUGAUAUGGAGUAUUUCCAUCAUCACAGAAAGUUCUCUGUACAUUGCUGCAUUAGAACAUUUUGCACUGUUCCUCCUCAGAUGAGUUAAUAUUUUGUUGUUAGAUAAUGUUGAUGCUUUAAUUUAAUGUAUCAAAAUGUUCUGGGGAAACUCUUGAAGAUACAAGUGUAUGCUCUUUAUAUCCUUCUGCACAAACAAGUCUCACUUUGGUCAUUUCUUCAUCAGCUUUCUAUAAAGUUUCUU